AUGGCAGACUCAGAUCGCGACGGCGCCGGAGCAAUGGCAGCAGCUGGAAGGAGCGAAUUUCGUGACUUGGUUCAGAACCUGCAGGAACCCGAAUGGUCGGGUCUCCUUUGGUCUGGACCGGUUCGGUUGGCCUUACCCUUUCUUGCCGUUACCUCUUCCCGUCGUAAUUAUCCUCUCUCAUUCUGCCACGUGUCUUCUUCUUCAGCUCAAGUGGACCAGCACCAACAAGAGUCUCAUCUUCCCCGUAGCCCUGACUUGGUUGCAUUGGAAUAUGCUGAUCUCAAUCUCUCUUACGACUUGGAACUGGGUCAUGUUAGGAUAAGGCAACAUGUUAAUCCCCUGAGCUCUUCUUUCUCAGUACCUGCACAAGUACCAGACUGGAACCAGGUCUUUGCAGAUCCAAUGCUGCCGCUCAUGGUGGAUAUCGGAUGUGGUAGUGGCAGGUUUCUUAUGUGGCUUGCUAAAAGGAAUCCUAAAGUGAGAAAUUAUUUGGGAUUGGAAAUACGGAGAAAGCUCGUCAAGCGUGCUGAGAUAUGGGUCAAAGAUCUGGGUCUUGAUAACAUACAUUUCUUGUUUGCAAAUGCCACGAUUUCUUUCAAGCAGUUGGUAGAAGCAUAUCCUGGGCCCUUGCAGUUAGUUUCAAUUUUGUGUCCAGACCCACAUUUCAAGAAGAGACAUCAUAAAAGGAGAGUUCUGCAGAAGCCAUUGGUUGGUGCUAUUGUAGAUAAUUUAGUGCCUGGAGGACAGGUGUUUGUACAGUCCGACGUGGUUGAAAUGGCACUUGACAUGAGAGAUCAGUUUGAUGAAGUUGACAAGCUCAAACACAUUGAUACAUUGAAUCCGGAUAUUUCAUGUGAUGGUGAAGGGUGGCUGUUAAGCAAUCCAAUGGGGAUAAGAACUGAGAGAGAGAUUCACGCAGAAUACGAAGGUGCGAAAAUCUACCGAAGGUUGUACCAGAAGCAGUAGUAAUUUCCAAGCUUGACUAAUUCGCCGGUGAUAUUAAUCUCCGAGCAUCAACAUUGAGUCGAGGAAUCUUGUCCAUGUCACACAAGAUGUUAUGCUGCCAUGUCCAUGUUUUUUUGUGUCAACCACAAUAGAAAAAGCUCACAUGCUCUUAGAAUGUAAGGAAACUUCUUUUGACGAUAUAUGCAUAAAAUUCUUUUAUUUUCAUGAUGGGGUUUCUAACGUUGGGAACAUUUAUUAGGUACUCAUGGACCAAAUGGAUCAUGCUGAUGCCAUUAAAGGAGUACAUUAUCAGCCAUGAAUCCACCGUUAACUUGUAUGCUUGUCUAACAUGUCAUGUACUUAGUAUUUUCUCGCAAUAAAUGCGGGUGAUUGUUGAGUGAUAUACUGAUAUCAUGUAGUAACUUUUUUUUUUUAAAGUUGUAUCAUGUAGUAACUUUAGAUCUACUGAUCCAUAUCACUUUUACACUUGGAGAAGGAUCCACUAAAUUUUUCCA